UGGAGCUAUUAUCGAGCUCCGGCGAAAAGCUCCAGCGGCCCCUCUCCCGUCGCAGGUCCAUCCCGAAGGUGGAGGGGCCAAGCAAGGAGCUCAACCCGCCAAGUGGCCUCCAAUUCAACUGUAUCGCGAACCUCCUCCAGAGCUGUUUAUACCAACAAUAUUCGCUGGAGGGAUGCAAUGUCAGAAACAAUGACAUUGCGAGGCAAAGCCAGCGUGUUCGCCGGUGCUGCGCUGCUCCGACUUAUCUUAUUCCUUGCUUUCCCUGGCCUGCCCGAUCUUCUAACUGGUCGCGUCGAGAUAUCCACCCCCGUCACGAGCUUCAAGCGAUUGCAAGAAGGUCUAUUCCUAUAUACGAAUAAUGUCUCGCCAUACGAUGGUGGUGUCUUCCACCAGGCUCCUCUUCUGUUGCCCUUGUUCUCGCUACUCCCCGACGUAAAGAGCUGGUCCAUCUUCACACACCUGCUCUAUAUCGCCGUCGACCUCCUCAGCGCCGAUGCGCUAUAUAAGAUUGCCGAUUCGAGUGUUGCUGGCAACUCGAAGCUAUUUACAUCGCCGCGCCGUGCCAAUAAGUUUGGUAGUGCUGCAAUUGCUGCUGGCUUCUUGUUCAACCCAUAUACCAUUGCGACAUGUAUAGGGCGAUCAACAGGCGUCUUCACCAACUGUGCCAUUCUCCUUGCCAUCGCCAAAGCUAUCCAAGGGUCUCCUUUUAACGCCAUGGUCGCACUCUCUUUCGCAUCUUAUCUGUCCAUGUACCCUAUCCUACUCCUCCCUCCGCUUGUUCUCCUUGCCUAUGAUUGUCAAGUUGAGAAGCGUCGGAUUGCUUGCAUCACUAAGUUCGCAGCUACUAACGUAGCUGUUGUGCUGGGGUGUGUGGUUUCGUUAUUGGGCAUGUCUUUUUUGCUUGCCAACAACUCCUGGGAGUUCCUGGCUCGCACAUAUGGCAUCCAACUGACCUUAUCGGAUCUCACACCUAACGUGGGAUUGUGGUGGUAUUUCUUCAUUGAGAUGUUUGAUUCCUUUAGAGCUUUCUUCCUUGGCGUCUUCUGGCUACAUCUUGCAGCCUAUCCUGCAGCCCUCUCUAUCCGUCUCCGCCCCCAGCCGUUGGCUGUCUUGACCAUUUUACUGGGCAUCUUCUCCAUCUUCAAGCCAUACCCUUCGCUUGCAGAUGCUAGCCUCUUCCUAUCUAUGGUUCCUCUAUUCCGACAUGUUUUCCCCCUCAUGCGGUACGCUUUUGUUACCACUUCUACACUCUUGUACGCAACAUUCCUUGGGCCAGCCUUUUACCACCUCUGGAUCUAUGCAGGAAGCGGCAACGCCAAUUUUUUCUAUGCCAUCACUCUUGUGUGGAGUUUGGGUCAGAGUCUGUUGGUGACAGAUCUCACUUUCGCCGUGUUGCGAGAUGAGUGGGAAAUUGAGCGACCUGAAAUGGUUGGCAAGGAGAUCAGACAGAUAUAAAUCACGACACAAAGAGAUGGGAAAUCACUAAAUGAAAUUGUGUCUAAUAAGACUUGAGGAAAAUUAUGAUGGACAGUUAAACAUCUAGAUCAUGGGAAAG